AUGCCUAGUAUUCCGUUCAUCGGAAGGCUGUACUUUCAGGAGUACCUGGCCCUGCUUGGCUCCUUUGUCUUGAUCGGUCUGGAAGUUAUUAUCAGAGGUAUCACCCUAGCCCUGCCAGGUCCCAUCAUUCGAUUUUUCUACAACUGUUCGCGCAAAAUAUUCAACCAGCUCUCUGGUGCUCAGGGACGGAGGUCAAGGAACCGGAAGAAGGCCAUUUCAUCGCCAAUUGCUCAGGCUUCGGAUUUUGUCGAGCUUUGUGAGCUUUUUGGUUACUAUGCAGAGGAGCAUAUCGUCCAGACCAAGGAUGGCUACUUGUUGGGCCUACACCGUCUAGGUUGGAAGCGUGGCGAGGAAGAUCAGAGGGUCAACAGUGGAGAGGGUAGCAUCCAAAAGAAGGUCGUCUAUCUUCACCAUGGCCUCAUGAUGAACAGCGAGGUCUGGGUCUGUUUGACUGAAAAGGAACGCUGCCUGCCCUUUGUUCUCGUUGACCAGGGAUAUGAUGUCUGGCUUGGCAACAACCGUGGCAACAAGUACUCCAAGAAGAACGUCCACCACUCUCCCACUAGUGCCGCUUUCUGGAACUACUCGAUCGAUCAAUUCGCCUUCCACGAUAUUCCUGAUACCAUCGACUACAUCCUUGCUACAACGAGUCAGAAGUCGCUAUCCUAUGUUGGCUUCUCCCAAGGAACUGCCCAGGCCUUUGCAACUCUAUCGAUCCAUCCUAACCUGAAUGAGAAGGUCAACGUCUUUGUCGCUCUUGCACCUGCCAUGGCUCCUCCUGGAUUGGCUAUGGGCAUCGUUAGCAGCUUUAUUAAGGCAUCGCCAGAGGUCUUGUUUCUGCUCUUCGGUCGCAAGGCCAUUCUGAGCAGUACCACCAUGUGGCAAGCGCUACUGUAUCCCGGUAUCUUCUCCUGGGUCAUCGACAAGGCUCUGCUGUAUCUGUUCGGGUGGCACGCUAAGAACAUCACCGCCUACCAGAAGCUGGCAGCUUACCCGCACUUGUUCUCCUUUAGUAGCACCAAGUCGGUCGUCCAUUGGCUUCAGAUCAUCAGAAACGAGACUUUCCAGAUGUUCGAUGACGAGGUACAGGCNCCCCUCUCUAUUGCAUCUGGUUCGAAGUACUACAAGGUCGCCAAGUAUCCUACGCGCAAUAUCAAGACGCCCAUCGUCCUCGUCUACGGCGGAAGCGACAGCUUGGUCGACAUCAAGGUCAUGCUGAAGGAAUUGCCUAGACAUACCGUAGCCAAGGAGAUUCCUCACUAUGAGCAUCUAGACUUCUUGUGGGCUGAAGAUGUUCACAGAUUGGUCAUUCCACACGUACUCGACGCUUUGGAGUCCUACUCUACCGAUGCCGGACGCAGGAGCUUGAUCUCGCCAUUCAGACCGGCCCGCCCACAAAGCCUAUUGCCCUCGUCACUCCCCAGUUAUUCCGAGGGAGAAAACACAUCAUGGGACUUUGCCGACACUGAUGGUACAAGCGACUCGAAGAGAAAGCUACGAGCUUUUCGCGGAAGCUCACCACGUCGUUCGUCGAUCAAGUCCAGGAACCCAAGCGGCAAGACUUCGCCAGAGCUGGUUAAUGUCAACUCUCCCGACGUAUCCGCUAUUACUGAACGAUCGACAAAUUCACGUCCUGAAGGUUGGUGGUCCUCUGAUGAAGUGGCAGGUACAACAUCAGACCCAGCGACACCUGACACACAUACCCAGCUUGANAAAGCAGCAAGCCGAAACACCAGACACGAAUACUCCAUCCGAAAAGCAACCCGCUCCAAGGCGNNUUUGAGUAGGCUUCCUAUCGUCCAAAGUAGUGCAGGUCUCGGCAUAUCCUCUCCUCCUCCAGCCGUUCCCUCUGCUGUCGCUGCCGUAAGAUCUACAACUGCCUCCCCGUCAUCGCACAAGUCAAAGCGCAGCAUAGAUAGCUUACGAUCCUCGGGCGGCGAAGCGAGUUUCGGUGAACACGGCAUCAGCUUCGGCUUUGGAGGCAAAAGUUCUGUAGCAGAGGGAGUCGUGAGCAAGGAGCUUGGGGCUGCGCAGACUCUAAGGGCGUUGGACGCUGAUGGCAGUGCUUCAGACUCGAGCAAGAAACGAAAGGCCAAACAGUAG